GGGAGUACACAAAUAAACAACCUAACCAACCCCACAUGCUUGUACUCUAGUGAUUUAGCUGCAGGUUACUGUAUAUUUAUAGAGGCUCCCUAGCGCUAGCGCUGUACUAGCUGUAGCAGCUCUCUAUAACCUUAAUCAGGGAGGACACCAGUCAGUAUCUUAGGUGUCAUGGAUUUGCUGGGAUCGAUACUGGGCUCAAUGGAGAAGCCUCCCUCUGCUAGUGAGAAGGAGCGGAAGAUAGCGAAAGCAUUUAAGGAAAAGAAAGAGAUGGCUGAAAGGAAAUCACACAAGGAAAGAGAGAAGUAUAAACUAGAAGUGACUUCUAAAGUUGAGAAAUUCAUGGCCGAUCAAAAAGCAACUCGUCUAAAGCUGCCUCCAGCUAGCAAAAAUAACAGAUCUCUAGCACAUGAGAUCGCAGAAGCAGGUGGCUUGAUCGCACAUUCAUUUGGUACAGAAGAAAUUGAUAGGUAUUUAAUGUUUUUCAAGAAGGAGAACCCACCUUCUGAGGAGGAGUUCCGAGCACUACGUAAUGGUGAGGAGUAUGAUCCUUCAAAGGAGAAGAUGGCCUCAUCCUCCUCAUCUGCUACUGUGAGCAUUGAACCCAGCAGCAAGGCAAAGGAUCGACACGCCUCCACCCCUAGCUACGGGGAAACCCCUCAUUAUCAGGAGAAGUACAAGCAUCUUCUCGGUGGACUAGACUGUACUGAAAAAACUGCAGUCAAAAUGGAGCCCAACAAAGCCUUUGGAUACGUGCCUAGCUCCAAUAAGAAAGACUUGAGGUCGAUUGAACAGACUCUGAAUGAUAUGAAAUCCAGAAAGAGACCGAAAAUGGACACAAUAGAAACUGAUGAUGCUUUAGAACACACUAGUACUAAAAGAACUAAAGAUUCUAGUGAAGAGUUAUGAGUUUGUGAUUUGUGUUAUUUAAUAACCUGUUUAUACACAGUACAAAUUAAUGAACAAUUAUUAGAGGAUAAAAAAACAAUUGCACUGCACA